AUGUCUUCUCACAAGACUUUCAGAAUCAAGCGAUUCCUGGCCAAGAAACAAAAGCAGAAUCGCCUCAUUCCCCAGUGGAUUCGGAUGAAAACUGGUAAUAAAAUCAGGUACAACUCCAAGAGGAGGCACUGGAGAAGAACCAAGCUGGGUCUAUAA